UACAGCUCUCGCGCCCGGGCGGUCGCUAUGGAGAGGAGUUGCUAGAGAAGCAAUCAGCAGUAGAACAGACGUAGAAGCUGAGCGAGGUAAGGAACGAAAGUGCACUGGGAAAUCAUGGCGAAAAGAUUGCUACUCGACUACCACAAGACUCUGCCGCCCAAUGGACUGCAAGCCACCACAGUUUUGCUUCUCAUUUAUGGGUUUACCUGUGUGAGUAGUAAUGCGGUGCUGGUCCCAGAGAGGGUGAGUGCUGUGCUGGGGAAGAACAUUACUCUGGGCUGCAGGGUGGAGGUGGGCACCAACCUCAGCCUCACCCAGAGCUCCUGGGAGCGUCGCCUGCCCUCAGGCACCAUCACCCUGGCCGUCUUCAACCCCCAGUUUGGCAUCUCCAUCUCCCCAGACUACGCCAGGCGCCUGUCCUUCCUGAACCCCUCCGUGCACGAUGCCACCAUCGUCCUGGAAGGCGUGGGAUUUCAGGACAUUGGGUCUUACACGUGUAAAGUGGCGACUUUCCCGUUGGGAAACACGCAGGCAUCCAUCACCGUCAAUAUACUCGUGGAGCCCAAGGUUUACGUCUCUGCCGGCUCAAUUGCCCUGGUGGAUGGUGGUAAUGAGUCGGUGGCAGCCACCUGCAUAGCGGAGCGCGGCCGGCCUGCAGCCGAGGUGUCCUGGGAGACUGAGCUGUUUGGCCGCUCUGAGGUCCAGACGCAGGACGAGCCCAACGGCACCUAUUCCACCCAGGUGCACUAUGUGUUGGAGCCACGGAGACACUCCCAGGGCCACACCCUCACCUGUGUGGUGCGCCACCCGGCCCUGCAGACUGAGUUCAGGAUACCCUACGUGCUCGAUGUGCAGUUUGCUCCUGAGGUGACGGUGGUGGGAUAUGAUCAGAACUGGUUUGUUGGUCAGGAGAAUGUGAAGCUGGACUGUGGAGCCAAAGCAAACCCACCUGCCCACCACUUCUCCUGGACCAGGUUGGAUGGGCCGAUGCCUGACUGUGUGGAUAUAGUGAACAACACUUUUAGUUUCACUCGUCCUCUGGAGAGAAAUGACUCUGGACUGUACAGGUGUGAGGUGUACAACGACAUCGGUCCACGCAGUCAUGACGUUCACGUCUGGAUACAAGAUCCUCCCCCCACCACGGCACCAGUCCCCACCACCUCUACUCUCCUCUUCCUGGACACCAGUGACACCAGCAUGGCCCCCAACAAGCGGCGAGGAGCGAGCGGCCACUUCACAUCCCCCACCCUGGCCUCCCUGUCAGACAGCAGCCUGGGUACCAUAGUGGGCGGGGCUGUGGGCGGGGUCCUGCUCCUGGGGUUGCUGCUGAUCCUGGGCGGAGCUUGCUUCAUGCGCCAGCGGAGGACCUUCAGGGGUGACUACUACACCAAACAGUACCUGGGCCCCUCCGACAUGCAGAAGGAGUCCCAGCUGGACGUGCUCCAGCCCCAUGAGCUGCAGGAGGUCUACGGGGACAGGCACAACUCUACCUGCAAGGACAGCCAGGAGCUGAAACCCAAGCCGGGACUGGGAGGGGACAUAAUUUAUCCCAAUGACAUCAAGGACAAGGAGGACUGGGGCGACGGCCACAGGGGCCUCCGGGAGGGCAGCUACUACCCUGUUGAAAACCACAACAACAUCCACCACCCCAAAGGGUCGCUCGUUCACACUCCCACUGUGACCAACGGCUCCCCCUACCUGCCGGAGGACUGCUAUGACAACGGCACAGACAGCGAGUAUGUGUCCCACAUGGAUGGGUCUGUGAUCUCACGCAGAGAGUGGUAUGUCUGAGAGCUACAGGGGAGCUGGAAAAUACCUUUUGGCCCAAAAUGACUCGGUGAGACAAUAAUUUAACAGGAGUUGAAAUAGAUAUAUUAUAGAGAAUUUGUCAAUUCAAUAAACAGACUCUUCAACACAAGAAUGAACAUUCCCGGCUCAUUUGUGUGCUCUGACCCCAAGGACUUCCAUAUGACUUCCAUAUGGAGUGUGUUAUAAUGUCGUAGCAUCUCAACAGAUGAUCGCAGGCUGGGAAUGGCAGUAAUCUGCUGUCAUUAUCCGCUUAACUUUAGAACUAGGGUUCAUUUGGCAAGGGUUUCUCUGUACUAUGUUGUUUCAACAGAUGUGAGUGGUUCACUUUGUGUCGUUCUGCUUUUAUGUAUUUAAACACCUGUCUUACGUCAUGAGUCUGGCAUUUCAGCCCUCAUUAGUGAAAUAUUUCUAUCCCUUUUGAAAAUUCUAAACUAUGUGCCCAUAUGUUGCAUCAAUUCAAACCCCUCAUAUUCAAUGACAUUUCCAAAACAAUUGCCUGUAAUCAUAUGACUUUAUGACUUUUUCAUAAAGGUUACAUUCUGAUUGCUUGUUGCUGUUGGGAGCACCUAAAUCAGAUUAUAUUUUAGUUUUCAAACUGUUAUACAGAUGUGAAAGGGAAAAGGAUUCAACAAUGUGACAAAAAGGGAGCAAUUUGCCAAGUUUAUGGUUCUAGACGACGAUAGAAUAUAUCCACAUGUUGUGAGCAGGAUGUACAGUGAUACUGGCAGGACUAUGGGACGUGAUAAGACUCUAAGCACAUCGGAGGAAUACAUCUCAAGGUUUGUAUCUACUUAGGACAGUGUAUUGUUCUUUAGCAUUUGUGGCACAUUCUAGAUUGUGUCCCAUAUGGCACCCUAUUCCAUAUACAUUCAGUGGCCAGUUUAUUAGGUGCACCCAUAUAGUCCUGACUGUCAUCAGAAUGACGCGAUAGGAACCAGAAUUUGUUGGACCAGGCAAAACUCAGUGUGUGUCAGUGUGAUCUGUGAUGGGUUUUUCCAGUACACAACCAGGCACUAUGACAUGGUCUUUGUCCCAAAUGGCAUCCUAUUCCAUACAUAGUGCACUACUUUUGAACAGAGCUGUAUGGGCCUUGGUCAAAAGUUGUGUACUAUAUAGGGAAUUAGGAUUCCAUUUGGGAAUGAGUCCAUGACAUGAGGUUGUAGCUACUAAAGGGUUGACAUCACCAGUGAUUCUAUCUCCAUUAGCUGGUAUUGACCUUCCAUUUCCUGUUACUGCUCAGCCGGUAGCUUCGUUCUACCUGAGAAACUAAAGGAUCAAAGUUACCUCUCCAAAGCCUCGCCGUUAAAGGAAAGAUCUCUUCAGUCAAUUGGUCGGGUGGAGGGGAGCAUGUAUACACUGACUGUUGGAGGAGGGGGUUGUAGAGGGGGAGAUCUCCCUGUGGCAUUUCAAGAUGGGGCUUGGCUUUAGCCUGAGGUUUCUUUGUUUCUUCUGGGGUUUUGCAAAUUGAGGGCACACUCUUUUUAAUUUGAUCCUUCUUUUUUUGUUGCUCCCAACCCUUUGGUGGCUCAUAAAACACUUGCGUAUCACACACACACUCCACAUGCUGCCUGCUGCCUAGGCCACUCCAACCCUGUCAUGUUCAAAGCCCAGCCUUCACCUCAAAGUUUUAGCUUUUUAAUUAACUUCUCUUCUCUGGAUGGACUUGGCGAAUGCUUGACCUCAGUGACGUGUAGAGCAUCUGUGUAUGCAAGCACACUCAUGUGUUUUUAUCUGUUUGAGUCAAGGCUUCAAAGCUUUUCUUAGUUUAGCUACUGCUCAGACAUCCACCCAGGGGUUGUGGGCACGUAGGCUAGAUACAAUGCAGGGAUAGAUUCUCAUGUCUUUGACUGUUUGUCUGUACACACAAUGUGAGGUUAGCUUGGUUUUACUCCCUGUUUUGAACAUUUGUCCAAAUACAGGCUGACCUUUGACAUGUAAUUUCAUUGGGAGUGGAAGAAAGUGAUUGAAUGUUUAAUUUGGCAAAGCUUUUGUUUUCAACUUGACCUUCUUUGGAAUGGAAAUAUAUUAAGUUAUUGUUGUGCCUAUACUGCCUUCAUUUCAUUUGAAUCCUUUAUGGUUUAUUCUUCUGCUUAUGUAUAUAUGUUCAUGGUUUUUAUGUGUGAUGAUUCAUGUGUUGAUUUAAGUCCUGAAGGCCCCUGGAGAGAAAGGUUGGUGCCUUAUGCCUUUUUAUGUCCUUCUUUUUAAUAUUUAUGAUUUUGUUGCUUGUUUUUAAACCAGCACAGUUGACUUAAGGUGAAUUGUUUAGCCUUAUACACACAGACUCUUGUAGCAACUUAAGUUACAAUGUACCUGAUAAUUGUAUUUCACUGGAAAAUUACAUGGGUAGUACUAAGCAGGCCAGAAUCAUAGUCAAUGUUAUUGUUUUGAAAAUAUGCUGGCUUUUUUUAUUCUUUAUUAAAAAAACAAAAAUGUUUUGUA